AUGCCCGCAUCUCGUGCAAUGCUCAAACAAUGCAUGUGUGAGGAGUGCAUUGGUAAAGGCGGAUAUGACAACAAAGGCGCACCAAAAGGAGUGCUCAUGGCAGAACGUUCAAUUACGUCUCACAUCUGGCGUGUAAAAGCAGAACGUGCUGAGCACGCCGCAGGAGACAUUGACUUGGAUUGUGUCAUCUCCAAUCUUUCUGUGUGCACCAUCGCUGGUAAUACUAGGGUUGCCAGUCCCGUCUCCGCUAUUACCGGCCAUCUUAGUCGGUUGACCCUUUCCAUGGACACUUCACAGUUAUCAUCAUCCACUUCUUCUAUGGCCGAUAAUCUCUAUCGUCAAGGACCGCACAUUACUCAUGCAGUACCUGUUGCUGACCAUGACCUCGACCACUCAACGUUGUCGGAUUCCCUGCCACCACCUAUGAAAAUUCACAGAGCUGCUGGUGAUAAAUCAUCCAAAAAGCAUAAUCAACGCACCAUGAAGGCAUUAGAAAUUCUUGACAACAUUGAAUCCCAGAUUCAACGAUGCUUUCGCUUGUUGCUGCAUUCUGGUAGCAUCAAUGACAUUAGUCACGAGCUACUUUUACUUCGCAAAGCUUUGGAGACUAUCAGUCAACAGGCAGAUAUUGUGGUCACGCGAAAGAAGGCCAUCGUAUCAUGUAUGAAUGAACUGUCGACCCAGUUCGACAGCCAAAAACCGUCCGAUGACUCGCUGAAAGUACCUGUCAAGAUUAAUACCCAUAAGCAAUGA